AUGGGGAACUCGGGCUUGUUGUCGUGGACGAGCCUUGUUGUCUCGGGGGUUGUGGCGGGGCUCGCGUACUUUGUUGUCAAGUUUGUUAAUCAUCGACGGUCUUAUAAGGGUUUGCCCAUGCCCCCACAUGAUUUCUUCUGGGGUCACCUGAAGCUCGUGGGCGAGUUGAGCAGGGCAUUGCCCAAAGACACCCACUUCCAGUACAUCACCACGACGAUUGGGAGAGACUACGACAUGCCAUCGGUCUUCUACUUGGAUCUUUGGCCCCUGGGCCCAAGUUGCAUGAUCAUCACAGACCCGGACCUCGCGCUCCAGGUCACCGGAAACCACGACCACGAGAAACACGACGAGGAAAAAUCUGUCAUCGAUCCUUUUAUAGGCGCGGGGAAUAUUGUGACUUCUGCAGGGGCGCGCUGGAAACAUCUGCACAAACAACUCAGUCCUGCGUUUUCCAUCUCCAACAUUGCUGCCAUGCGGGGUGGCAUUGCGGAAGAGACGAUGAAAUUCCGCGGCCUGAUGAAAGAGCUAGCUCAGUCGGGAGAGGAUUUCAGGAUGGACGAUUACGGCCAGCGCCUGAUGUUCGACAUUAUCGGAAAAGCGACGUUUUCGGUUUCACUCCAUGCGCAGGAGAAUGGUAGCCUAGCGUUGGAAUACUGGGAGAAAAUGUGUCGCACCCACAUGGUCUUGCGCGAGUCGUGGAACCCUAUCAAGAAUCUCUUCUUAAAGCAGAAGAUACGCAAGAUUCGCAUACAGUUCGACGCGGUGCUCACCAAAUUAGUGCGGGAGAGAUUCGACGUCGUACGGCGGGACAAGGUCGAUAUGUCUGAGAAGCGUGGAUUAGGCAUCAUGGACCUCAUUCUACGAGACGAUAUCCAGGCCGGAAUGCAAGACCUCAGCCCCCAGUUCAUCGCCGACGCCCUCUCGCAGGUUAAAACCAUGCUCGUCGCCGGCACAGGAACAACAUCCGACACGCUCUGCUUCGCCAACAUGUUCCUGUCCACACACCCGGAGAUACUCCAGCGACUGCGCGAGGAGCACGACACAGUCUUCACAAAGGGCGUCGACGCCACAUACGCCAUGCUUUGUGCCGAGCCACACAAGCUCAGCGACCUCACGCUCACCACCAACGUCAUCAAAGAAGUCCUGCGCUUCUUUCCCAUCGGCAGCACCGUGCGUUGCGAAAACAAAGCCGGCUUCGUCAUGUUCCAGGGCCAACGUUACACCACAAAGGGGCAAAUGCUUGCCCCCCAAGCCCUCGGCCUGCACAUGGAUCCCAGAUGGUUUGAGAACCCGACUGUCUUCGAUCCCGAUCGUUUUGCGCGCGCCGACUUUCCUCGCCAUGCGUGGCGGCCGUUCGAGCGCGGGCCCCGCGCGUGUCUGGGCCAGCCUCUUGCCAUGGACGAGCUGAAGAUCGUGCUGCUUCUGACGGCACGCGAAUUCGACUUUACGUGUGCGAAUCUGCGGCCGAACAAGACGCCCAAGGUUGGGUGGUCAGAUCUGGAUUUGACGUUUGGGGAUCUCGCGUUCCAGGAAUUCUGCUUCGAGGCGAAGCCGCGCGACGGGAUGCCGAUGAAUGUUAAGAUGUCGAGUUGGUCGUAG